CCCUAGUGGCUGGAAUCUGAGCCCCCACCAUCCCCGAGUUUGCCGGAGCCUGAACUGCUACACCCUAAAAGCCAGAAUCCGGAAGCAAGCCAGAAUAGGACCCAUCUGCCAGAGAGUGAAACCAUUGGAGCCACAGGCCUGGCCAUCCUAACCUGUGUCCUGUGAGUGACUGAGACUGAGCCAAGCCGGGAAGCAGCGCCACCAGCCCUCACCACCCCUUGAGAAGUAGCAGCACAGGAGAUCCUCCAGUAAGGGGGGAAGGGGAGGAAGGAAAGGAAAACAAAGGCGAGCGAGCGAGAGCACAGGAACCUUUGCGCCGCCUCCUUGUGCCUGCCCACAAUGUGUCAGUCAGAGGCGCGGCGAGGACCAGAGCUCCCAGCAGCAGCGAAAUGGUUGCACUUUCCCCAGCUGGCCCUGCGGCGGAGGCUUGGCCAGCUGACCUGUAUGUCCAGACCUGCCCUGAAACUGCGCUCCUGGCCCCUGACUGUCCUGUACUACCUCCUGCCCUUUGGUGCCCUCAGGCCGCUCAGCCGGGUGGGAUGGCGGCCUGUAAGCAGGGUAGCCCUGUACAAGUCAGUGCCAACACGUUUGCUGUCACGGGCCUGGGGUCGCCUCAACCAGGUGGAGCUGCCACACUGGCUUCGCCGGCCUGUCUACAGCUUGUACAUCUGGACCUUUGGGGUGAACAUGAAGGAGGCAGCUGUAGAGGAUCUGCACCACUACCGCAACCUCAGCGAGUUCUUCCGGCGCAAGCUGAAGCCACAGGCCCGGCCUGUCUGUGGUCUGCACAGUGUGAUCAGCCCAUCGGAUGGGAAGAUCCUCAACUUUGGGCAGGUGAAGAACUGUGAGGUCGAGCAAGUGAAGGGGGUCACCUACUCACUGGAGUCAUUCCUGGGCCCUCGCACCUACACGGAGGACCUGUCCUUCCCCCCAGCCUCAUGUGACUCCUUCAGAAACCACUUGGUCACCCGGGAAGGGAAUGAGCUCUACCACUGUGUCAUCUACCUGGCCCCUGGAGACUACCACUGCUUCCACUCCCCCACUGACUGGACUGUCUCUCACAGGCGCCACUUCCCAGGCUCCUUGAUGUCUGUGAACCCUGGCAUGGCCCGCUGGAUCAAAGAACUCUUCUGCCACAAUGAACGGGUAGUCCUGACAGGGGACUGGAAACAUGGCUUUUUCUCAUUAACAGCUGUGGGGGCCACCAAUGUGGGCUCUAUUCGUAUCUACUUUGACCGGGACCUACACACCAACAGUCCAAGGUACAACAAGGGUUCCUACAAUGACUUCAGCUUUGUGACACAUGCCAACAAAGAGGGCGUGCCCAUGCGCAAGGGCGAGCACCUGGGCGAGUUCAACCUGGGCUCCACCAUUGUACUCAUCUUCGAGGCCCCCAAGGACUUCAAUUUCAGGCUGAAAGCAGGGCAGAAGAUCCGCUUUGGGGAGGCUCUAGGCUCCCUCUAAGGCCUCUUCCUGGCUAUGGCUGCUGAGGGAAUCUCUACGCAGGAGUAUGAGGGUCUGUUAAGGCCCCAAGGGUGUCCAGGUGAGCACCACAGGGCAUGGGGUGUCAACCUGGUAGGAUUUGAAUGAUCUGCUCUUGCCUGUCCCAGAGGUGCAGACAAAAGGUUCUGGGUCCUUUUCACAAGGCAGCCAGAGCCCAUGUUAUGCCUUGGCCUCCCCUACAGAGAAAAUGUGUCAGUAGAAAUGAUCUGAGUCACUAGGUGAUCUUUUUUAACACUGUAUAAACUGGAAACCCCACACAUCCCCUGGCUCACUGUUCCGUUGGUUUUGGAUAUUGUUUGAAGACUCUAAGUACUAAGGUGCCCUGUAGCUGCUCCUCCCAUCACCGGGAAGUUUUUUGCCAACCCUUUGUGCUUUUUCUGGCCCUUCCCCUUGUUCUCCCCCAGGGAAGUCCUCUCCCUGGUAAGGACUGUGGACCCAUCCUCUCCUCAGAACGGCCACACAGGGCCGCCUUAUUCUUCUCUCACCCUGCUUGCUGGAAAAGCAGAAUCUUCUUUGCAUCUUUGGCUGAAUGCAUUGCCUUGGACUUUGCCACCGUUUUCUGAGGAUGGUGACUAAUGAUGUGGACCUUUAUAGGCCCUGAGGAGUGACCUUCCAAUGCUGGCUGAGUCCUCUUUGCAGCAGGCAAAACCACUUACUGUUCCACAUGGAAGCAGCCAGAAUGAACAGGGCAGGCAGCAUGUGGAGGCCUAGAUCAGGACCAGAGUGUGGGGUAGUGUUCCCUCCCCAGACCAGUCCUAUAAGUGAGGGAAGUUGCUGCUUUUGGCCCAGCGACUGUGGCUGCCAUUGAUGGUGGGUCAGUGCCUAGAAAACCUGUCCAGGUGACAGGUACACAGGCCUCGCAGGGCCUACUGGUGGGGACAAGGCUGGGUUUUACGUUGAUCCUGGGAAUGCUGUGAAUUUCUCCUGCAGGAGAAGUCAUUGAACUUUUUUCAACUGUAUCAGUAGCACAGUAUUUUUGUAUGAAAAGCAGGAGACUUCUGAACAGAAAUUCAUUUAAUUGCAAGGCAUUUUGAAAUAAAAAAAAUGAUGAAACAUG